GCCUGGUACGCUAUCCUCGUUCGCUAUCCACCUACUAUUGACUCAUGACUCUAAGUCGUCCGUCCCUAGUUGAGCUAGUGUCCGUACAGGAGAAUUCCACACAACUGCGCCGCUGCUCUUGGACGUGCGCUGCUCAUGCCCUGACCUACCCCUUUUUUUCCCAGGCGGAGCAAUGGCCGAGCAAAACUGUCGUUACUUCACAUUGUAUUCAAUUGACUUAAGCCAAUUGCUCACAACGCACAUUACAACACAACGCAAUCAAUAUGAGUUUUAAGGGCCUUAAGAAGGGGAUCAUCAGAGCCCCACAGAACUUCCGCCAGAAGUUCAACAUGGGUGAAACAACAUCCGAUCCCGUCUACGAAGACGCAGAGCGCCGCUUCAAGGAACUCGAGUUCGAAACCCAGAAGCUCAGCGACGAGUCCAAGCGCUACUUCGCCGCGGUCAACGGGAUGCUCGACCACCAGAUCGGGUUUUCCAGGGCGAUCGAAGAGAUUUACAAGCCAAUUAGCGGGCGGUUGUCCGACCCGAACGCGGCGGUCCCGGAGGACAAUCCAGAGGGGAUUGAGGCGUCCGAAGCGUACCGCGCGGUCGUGGCGGAGCUCCAGGCGACUUUGAAGCCGGACCUCGAGCUUAUCGACACGCGAAUCAUCGCCCCGGCCCAGGAAUUGAUUACGGUGAUCCGACUGAUCCGCAAGAUGGCCACCAAGCGUGCCCACAAGCAGGUCGACUUAGAUCGCCACCUCAACACCCAUAAAAAGUAUGCAGACAAGAAGGAGAAGACACCUAAGGACGAAGAACGUGAGUACAAGGCGCAGGCAGAGGUCCAGAUUGCUCAGGAGGAAUACAACUAUUACAAUGAUAUGUUGAAGCAGGAGUUACCGGUGCUCUUCCAGUUGGAGGCGGAGUUCAUCAAGCCGUUGUUUGUGAGCUUCUAUUUCAUGCAGUUGAACAUCUUCUACACAUUGUACAACCGGAUGGAAGAAUUGAAGAUUCCGUACUUUGACUUGACAACGGACAUUGUGGAGGCAUUUAACUACAAAAGAGGGGAUAUUCAGGCGCAAACAGAACAGAUCGGAUUGACGCACUUCAAAGUGGGACAUGCCAAGGCAAAGUUGGAGUUGACGAAGAGACGGUUUGCGGCACAACAGGCACAGCAGGCGGCUCCGGGGGAAUAUGGUGCGCCAGCGCCAGGGGCGGAAAAGUUACCGGCUUACGCCGCGCCAGCGGCGGGGGCUUACGCUCCAGCGGUAGGCGGAUAUGGCAACGAAAAGGCAACCUACGGACAACCUCAGUCUCCUGUAGCUUACGGCCAACCUGCUUAUGGGCAGACUGUCACCUCGCCUGUGUCGCCUCCUGCUACGGGCUUUGCCCCUGUGUCCCCUGCUCCAGUCACGGGCUUUGCUCCGGCCCCUAUGUCGCCCCCAACCUCUGGCCAGACCUGCACUGCAAUCUACGAUUACGCCGCUCUGGUUGAGGGGGACUUGACAUUCGCUACGGGUGCGGUGAUCCAGGUGAUUACCCAGGGUGCCGAUGGCUGGUGGACUGGUACUUACAACGGCCAGACCGGGAGUUUUCCAGGAAACUACGUGCAGUUGAACGCUUGA